AUGGGAAAACCACUGGCCAGAAAGUGCUCUCAAGAAGUCGGGUUUGGCUUACUGGUCUCUUUUAUUUUGUGCCUUGUAUUGUAUAGCUUAAUUGAUUCAAGUUUACUGGGUGUUAACAAUGGGGUCAAUCUUCUGGUAAACAAACAAGUUCACCCGAUUAGUAUUGUGAAGAUUAACCGCACCGAACAUCCAUGCUCUGAUCGUUACAUUUACAUCCAUGAAGGUCUUCCUAGCAGAUUCAACUAUGACUUCCUCAACAACUGUGAGUCUCUUACUGCAGGGGCUAUGACUGUUAGCAACAUUUCAAAUAUGUGUCCUUACUUUGUUAAUUUGGGUCUUGGUCCAGUAAUUGAAAGCUCCGAAGGGGUUUUAGCCAAUGAGAGUUGGUUUUCCACAAACCAGUUCUUGUUAGAAGUCAUAUUCCACAACAGGAUGAAGCAGUACGAGUGUUUGAUAGAAAACUCCACUCUGGCUUCAGCUAUUUAUGUCCCAUUCUAUGCUGGCAUAGAUACCAGUGUCCAUCUGCUUGAUCCUAACCUCACAGCCAGAGACUCUUCGGCGAAAGAUCUUGUUCGAUGGCUUUCGAGCAAACCCGAAUGGAAGAAAAUGUGGGGAAGAGACCAUUUCUUUGUUGCCGGGAGGGUUUCCUGGGACUUCAGGAGGCAAAGAGACAAUAGUUCUAAUUGGGGUAGUAAACUCAGGUUCUUGCCUGAGUCUAUGAAUAUGAGCAUGUUAUCAAUUGAAGGAAGCGCAUGGAAAAAUGACCUUGCUAUACCAUACCCUACAAGCUUUCAUCCUACAGAGGACAGUGAGGUGGUUCAGUGGCAGAAGAGAGUUAGAAAACAAGAAAGGCCUCACUUGUUUGCUUUUGUUGGUGCACCGAGGGCUCGCCAGAAGAAUUCUAUCCGGGGCAAACUUAUUGAUCAGUGCCAAGCUUCAACUAAUUGCAAGUUUCUACAUUGCCGUAAAAACAAUUGUGACAACCCGGUUACUAUUAUGAGGGUGUUUCAGAGCUCAGUUUAUUGCUUGCAGCCUCCCGGCGAUACGAGCACCAGGAGAUCCACUUUUGACUCUUUUGUAGCUGGUUGCAUUCCAGUAUUGUUUCAUCCGGCAUCGGCUUACACUCAAUACUUAUGGCAUUUACCAAAAAAUCAUACCAAGUAUUCAGUGUUUAUUCCGGUGAGGCUUGCAGAAGAUUUGAAAGAAGGCGACAUUGAGAAAGUCUUGCUUGGAAUUUCAAAGGACAGGGAAUUGGCCAUGAGAGAGGAGGUUAUAAGGCUAAUACCAAAGCUGGUGUAUGCAGAUCCCAGGUCAAGAUUGAAGACUCAAGAUGCAUUUGAUUUAGCUGUGCAGGGAAUUCUUGAGAGAAUAGGAAAUGUUAGGAAGGUGAUUAGGGAGGGGAAGGAUCCUAGUAUUGGUUUUGCAGAGUCUGAUGGUGGUAAGUUCGCAUUUCCCAAGACUAAUACCAAUAUACUUUAUUGA